AGUCAAGCCCCACCCCCCCCAGGUGAGCCUCUCCCUGAUGGAUUCUCAGGUUCUGAUCCGCCUCCAGAGCCCCGACAGCAACGACUACCUGAGGGACGACAACCAGCUGUUCCAGAUCCAGCUGUGGAGGGGGGGCCGCUCCACUCUGCAGAACCUGUCCUCCCCCUCCCUGCUGCUGGUUCUGGAUCAGUACCGUGUCAGAGGUCGUUCUCUGCCUGUUAACGGGCUGCAGGGCAGCUGGAGCUCCUGGAGCCCGACCCUGACCCUCCCGCUGACCCCGCCGCUGACCCCCCCCCGACGCCCGGCUCUGAUUGGAGGGCUGCUGGUUCUGCUGCUGCUGCUGCCUUCAGGACUCCUGCUGCUCCUGAAGAACAGAAUAUUCAGCUACGUGUGGCCGAACAUCCCUCACCCCAAACACACUCUGAUGCACAUCUGCAAGAGCAACAAGGGCCUCAUGUUGACCCUCAGGCCGGAGGAGUUCAGUUCUUUAAAGCUGGAGAAAACGGGGGAGGCUGCCCCUCCCCCCUCCCCCACUGGCCCCUCCCCCUCAGAGGAGCCAUCCUGUGGGGGGGGAAGUGGGGGGGGCAAUGAGUAUGUCACCAUGUCCAGCUUCAUGCAGAGCGACUGAACAGGAAACAUUACGGGGCAAUAUAUUACAAUAUCAUAAAUAUAUAUAUUUACAUUUCAUAAAUAGGGGGCAUGAAGAUCAUUGGUGUUUACUCGUGUCACUCAAACUAUACACACUGGAGAGGAGGCGGGGCUUAUCUCAUGUAGAUACCAACAACAAGAACAUAUUUUACCGUGAUUUAAUACUACACAUAUCAUAGAAAACAAUGUAACCAAGAAACUUCAUCAAAUUAUUUUAAUCUGUUGAAGGUCGUUACUACCGAACGACCUUCAAGCUGCUUCACGUGUCUAACCACAGAGAGAUGUUAAUGAUGCAUAUUCUGUAUUUCCUCAGGUUGUCAUUGUAAUGUUGUUAUUAGAGCUUUAUGGAUGCAUAUACAGGUAUAAUAAAAUUUAAAAGUGACGAGU